CAGUCCUUGUCCCUUAUAUAAAUGGGUGUGGUGGGUGCCAGAUCUGGUCCUUGGAACCUGGUUUGGUCUGAGAGUGUCAGGUGCACACGGGGUUGCCCCAGGUGGACCUCUGUGAGCUUCCACGCAGCACAUCAGAGGAGCCCGGCAGGCAGUGAGGCAACCAUGGGGCUACUGAUUGGGGAAGGCCUGGUGCUUCUGGCAGUGGCCGUGGCCGCCUUCCUGCUCAUGGUGGACUUGAUGCACCGGCGUGCACGCUGGGCUGCAAACUACCCUCCAGGCCCUAUGCCAAUGCCUGGGCUGGGCAACCUGCUGCAGCUGGACUUCGAGGACAUGCCAUACAGCUUAGGCCAGCUGCGGCGCCGCUUUGGGGACGUGUUCAGCAUCCAGCUGGCCUGGACACCCGUGGUUGUGCUCAACGGGCUGAAAGCCGUGCGUGAGGCCCUGGUGCUCCGCGGCGAGGACACGGCCGACCGCCCACCUGUACCCGUCUAUGAGCACCUGGGCUUCGGGCCGCGGGCGCAAGGCUUGAUCCUGGCGCGCUAUGGGCACGCGUGGCGCGAGCAGCGACGCUUCUCCUUGUCCACACUGCGCAACUUCGGCCUGGGCAAGAAGUCUCUGGAGCAGUGGGUGACCGAGGAGGCCGCCUGCCUCUGCGCCGCCUUCGCUGCCCAGGCUGGACGCCCCUUCAGGCCCACCGCGCUGCUGAACAAAGCGGUGAGCAACGUGAUCGCCUCCCUCGUCCAUGGGCGCCGCUUCGACUAUGAUGACCCGACCUUGCUCAAACUCCUGGAGCUGGCGGACGCAGGACUGAAGGAGGAUUCAACCUUCAUGCGCGAGAUGCUGAACGCGGUCCCGGUGCUCCUGAACGUCCCGGGGCUGGCCAGCAAGGUCUUCUCGGCACAGAAGGCCUUCGUGGUCCUAAUGGAUAAACUGGUCGGCGAGCACCGGGAGACGCGGGACCCGGCCCAGCCGCCCCGCGACCUGACCGAUGCCUUCCUGGAUGAGGUGGAGAAGGCCAAGGAGAAACCGGAGAGCAGCUUCACUAAUGAGAACCUGCGCUUGGUGGUGGCCGACCUGUUCAACGCUGGGAUGGUGACCACCUCGACCACACUGGACUGGGCACUUCUGCUUAUGCUCCUGCACCCGGACGUGCAGAAGGGUGUUUUCCGGGCCCUUGGGUUCUGGCUUAGUGGGGGGACUCUUGUCUGUCCAGGCCGUGUCCAGCAGGAGAUCGACGAGGUGAUAGGGCAGGUUCGGCAACCUCAGAUGGAGGACCAGGCCCGCAUGCCCUUCACCACAGCAGUGGUCCAUGAGGUGCAACGCUUUGGGGACAUAGUGCCACUGGGUGUGCCUCACAUGACGUCCCGUGACACUGAAGUGCAGGGAUUUCUCAUCCCCAAGGGCACGACGCUCAUCUGCAACCUGUCAUCGGUGCUGAAGGAUGAGGCUGUCUGGAAGCAGCCAUUCCGUUUUCACCCCGAGCACUUCCUGGAUGCCCAGGGCCGCUUCGUGAAGCAGGAGGCUUUCAUGCCUUUCUCAGCAGGCCGUCGCUUAUGCCUUGGGGAGCCCCUGGCACGCAUGGAGCUCUUUCUCUUCUUCACCUGCCUCCUGCAGCGCUUCAGCUUCUUGGUGCCUGCCGGACAGCCCCGGCCCAGUGACCAUGGUGUCUAUGCCUUCCUGUUCACCCCAUUCCCCUACCAGCUCUGUGCUGUGCCCCGCUAAAGGCACCAAGCCCCAACCAGCUCCCUAGCUUCACCUUGACCAACAAUA